AUGCCCAGCUUCGCUCCGCAAAAGAUGACCUCCCUCCUUCGCUCGCUUGCGGAUCGCAUUGUUCCUACAGCGAACGAUGCAAACGCCACGAAACCAGGACCUGAUGGCUUUCUCACAGCCAAAGGUAUCGAUGCCUUGUUCCCACGCACCAAAGCCGAAGUAGAUGGGGAAGAAUGCCUGCACGACUGCGAAACAUGCACUGUCCAGUAUCCGAGGAAGUUCAGCAUCGAUGAGGAUGACAAACUGUAUGGCGAGAUCAAGGGCUGGAGUCGACAUAUCCUCGUAGCGACAGGUAAGACUGAUUGGGUCCGAGAUGUGGAAGAUGAGAAAGGGAGUGUGAUGGAGGCUGUGGGCAAGCAUGGCAGUGCGGUUGAGGGUGGAAGGUUGAUGUUGAGUGCGAGUAACAUUCCUACUGCUUCCGACUUCUUUGGUGAGGGCGACGGGAAGGGCGAUUAUGGACGACCUACGAGGGUAUUAUUGCUGCCCGCUUUUCAAUGGAUCAAUGGUGUCACGCCCGGGACUGUACCGGACGUUUUCAAGUCUGCCAUUAACGCUUCGUCGACGAACACGCAGCCUAUCAGCUCGUCGGACACCUCGAGUCAAACAAAUGGAACUCUCAGUUCGCAUACCGACCUCCCAUCGUUGGCAUCCUUACAGAUAUCAGCCGAGUCACUUCCCGAAGGCGUGUCCCUGUCGUCUUGCCCACACAGGUACCUCAUCCUCAUCUGCUCACAAGCUACCCGCGACGCACGCUGCGGGCAGACCGCUCCCUUGCUGAAACGAGAGCUCGAACGCCAUCUCAGAUCAUUAGGUAUGUUCCGCGACCUUGGAGACGAACGACCUGGCGGAGUAGGUAUAUACUUCAUCUCCCACGUCGGCGGCCACAAGUAUAGCGCCAACAUGCUUGUCUAUCGCCGUGCGGAACGGCCGAGGACUGUGGUAGAGCAGAUGGAAAAUGGGACUUCUGCGGGUGUGGGUGGGAUGGUUGGUGGCAAAGCUAAGGCAGAGGAGGAGGGUGAGGCGGCGCAGUGCAUUUGGCUUGCCAGGGUGAGGCCGGAGGAGUGUGAGAAUAUUGUGAGGUUCACGGUCUUGCAGGGGAAAGUUGUGAAGCCGGAGAGGCAGUUGAGGGGUGGAUUUGAUCGUGAGAAGGGCGUCGUGAGUUGGUAG